GAUAAAACGUGGGCGGAAGUGACCCCGUGUUGUUGUACCCGGUAGUCACUUUGCAAUGUUGCUACUGCUCGUGCCAUGGCACUUCUUCUCAAGUUUUUCCGCCACAAAAAAAGAAAAUGAGUAGUGGCACAAACCAGAGGACGUUGUUCCAGACCUGGGGCGGACCCGUCUCUCAAAACAAAGUUUUUCCACCGAAAAAAGAUGUCAAGAAAGCCGCUGGGCGGCGCAGAGUUAACGUCACCCCGAGCAACGGUGCUCAGGUAGCUAACGUGACAACACGCCAUCCUCCCAAUCCUCUCUGGCCUCAAAUAGGUCAGGGGUCCGCGUACAGGCCCGCGAACCCGGUGAGGACAGAGGAGCCUCCACCUUUGUAUGAAUAUGACGAUGACGACGACGAUCUGAUGGUGGUGGCCGUGUCUGAGGCGGAAAACAGCCUACAGCUUCAUAAUGCAAACUAUUUUCAAAAUGACGACCUCGUAUCAACCGAGAGCGCUGCCCUCCCUCAUUCACCGUCACCCGGGCGAACCUACCCGGACCUCCCUGGCUUCGACUGCUGCUCGGCCAAGGUAUGGAUUUACCCCACCAACUACCCCAUCAGGGAGUACCAGGCGAAGAUAUCGGAGGCCGCUCUCUUUCAGAACACGCUGGUGUGUCUGCCCACGGGUCUGGGAAAGACGUUUAUAGCCGCCGUGGUGAUGUACAACUUCUACCGCUGGUAUCCAUCGGGGAAGAUUGUGUUCAUGGCUCCCACCAAACCUCUGGUGGCGCAGCAGAUCGAGGCUUGCUACAAAGUGAUGGGGAUCCCGCAGGCACACAUGGCUGAGUUGACAGGCUCCACUGCAGCCAACCGCAGGGAGGACGUGUGGAGGACCAAGCGGGUCUUCUUCCUCACCCCUCAGGUUAUGGCCAACGACCUGUCCAGAGACACCUGCCCCGCCAAGCAGGUCAAGUGUGUGGUCAUCGACGAAGCCCACAAGGCGCUGGGCAACCACGCCUACUGUCAGGUGAUCAGACAACUUAGCAGCCAGACUUUGCAAUUCCGCAUCCUGGCCCUUAGUGCGACUCCAGGGGGGGAUACAAAGUCGGUGCAAUCGGUGAUCUCUAACUUGCUCGUCUCCCACAUCGAGCUGCGUUCAGAGCAGAGCCCCGACAUCCAGGCCCAUUCCCACGAGCGCAGCGUGGACAAAAUGGUGGUUCCUCUGGGAGAGAGCCUCUCCGCUCACCAGGCGCGCUACCUGCAGGUGCUGGAGAAGUUCACGUCUCGUCUGGUUCAGAACCGGGUCAUGGCCCACAAAGACCUGCGGACUCUCAGUAAAUACCAGAUCAUCCUCGCCAGGGAUCAGUUUCGCAAGAACCCACCACCAUCGCUCAAGGGUCCUCAGCAGGGAAUGCUGGAGGGUGACUUUGCCCUUUGCAUCAGCCUGUACCAUGGCUACGAGCUGCUGAUGCAGAUGGGGCUCAGAUCGCUCUUUUUUUACAUCCAGGGAAUCAUGGAGGGAUCCAGAGAGAUGCCCAGGGCCAGAAAUGAGCUGCAGAGGACCCCGGUCUUUGUGGACCUUUACCACGAGAUGCAAGCGAUGUUCGUGAAGCCGUCCGCCGGUCCCGAUGAGCCAUUCAUUUACAGCCACCCCAAACUGAAGAAACUGGAGGAGGUGGUGCUUCAGCACUUCAGACAGUGGGCUGAGAGCUCUGAAGACAAUAAUGGUCCUCAGGAAGUAAGCACGCGCGUGAUGAUCUUUUCGUCGUUCCGGGAGAGCGUACAGGAGAUCGCCGACAUGUUGAACCACCACGUCCCGUUGAUCAGGGUCAUGACCUUCAUGGGCCAAGCUUCAACGGGGAAGGCAGUCAAAGGCUUCACACAGAAGGAACAACUGGAGGUGGUCCGCAGGUUCCGUCGGGGAGGCUUCAACACACUGGUGUCGACCUGCGUCGGGGAGGAGGGACUGGAUAUCGGAGAGGUGGACCUCAUCGUUUGCUUCGAUGCGCAGAAGAACCCCACCCGGCUGGUGCAGCGAAUGGGCCGCACGGGACGUAAGCGGCGGGGACGAAUUGUUGUCAUCCUGGCCGAGGGACGCGAGGAGAGGACGUACAACCAGAGCCAGAGCAACAAGCGCAGCAUACACAAGUCCAUCAUUGGCAACAAAAGCAGUUUCCACAUGUACCCCAACAGUCCGCGCAUGCUGCCGGAGGGGGUGAACCCCACCAUGCAUAAGAUGCACAUCACCUGUGGCCAGUUCGACCAUCAGGAGAGCGGCAGGCGGUCCGUCAGGGGUCGACGGUCCCAUUCUGAGGGUCGGGCCUCGCUCAUCCACCCUCAAAACCUGAUUCGGCAGGGCAGCAGAACGUCUGACGGGUUUCUGACCAGUGCCGAAUAUUCCCUCUGGGCCUCCACCAUGAGGCUGGAGGAGGAUGAAGCUCAUCCAACCCUGAAACCCUCACGGUUCAUGUGCCUGCCCAACAAUCCAACACCUCAGGAGGACGUUUCCAGAAGUGUGCCACCAUCUAGAGACCUAUCUUUGUGGGAAUGGAGACACUGGCAGCACAAAGCGCUUCCUACCCACGACGUUGACCAUUCCCUCCGCUGCCAUCACUUCGUUAAGGUGAUGGAACUCGUGGACGGCAUGAGAGAGGAAAAUGAGGGGGAGUGUCGUUAUGAGCAGGAGCUGUUUCCUUACCGCCACAAAGCGGACGCCGUUGGCCACGGGAACAAAGGUCAGAAGAAGCGGAAGACCUGCACUAAAACCUGCGGCAAAAACAAAGCCGAGCCGCCUCGCUCCGCGCUCUGGGACCCAGAACGCUCGGACGGCGAAGAAGAUCGAGGGAAGAGCACAGUUUCCACGUCGACUGGGACUAAGCCGGAACUUCCUGUUGCACACCGUACCGAGGCGUCUUGUGAUGACAUCGCGGGUCACCCGGGACCCGAGGCGAUCUGUCCUCUCCCCUCGAACGAUGACCGGCCCGAAGCGGACGUGGAUGGCGACUGUGUCGUUAUUAACGAGGACGAUCAGGCAGUCGGUGAGGCUGUAAGUUCUGAUGAAACGUCACAGUCGAUAACGAAGAUCGACGACGAUGAAGGUGUUGAACUUCAGGCGAUGUUUUACCUUCCUAAAUGGGACUCCGGACCUCCCGGCAACAGAUCAGAGUCUGAAGGUCUGAAGGUCAUUCUGGACAACGUGGCCGAGCUCCUGUGCAGAUCGCCACCGUCACCGACUUUAGACUUAGUGGCUGACAUGGCCGCUCCGUCCCCUCCGUCCCUUCCUCCCUCUCCUCCGCGGCCCCAUCAGCCUUUCCAGGUCACCUUCGCCCUGGAUGUCGACGAGGACGAGGACGCGACGCCGAGGGCGGACUCAGGCCGGCCUCCUGCCGAUGAAGAGGACAGCGAGCGCUAUUCUCUUCCUCAUCGGGAGCAGCGACGAAGUGGCGACGGUGCCGGCAGCGCGGCGGGGAGCAGUCCGACCUGGGAGGACGUUUUUGGGGGAGAAGAGACCAACGAUUAUCAGGACGUGAGGGAUGUCGCCAUGGAGACGGACGAUGACAUUCUCGAGGAGGACGAAGGGGUCCGCGGGGAAGCUGAGAAGUUCGAGGGACUGAGUAUUAGGAGCGAUGGCGCGACAGAGGAAAGGACGAGUCGGGGCGAUGGGAGGCCAGAGGAGACGGCGGACUCGACCCGUGGCGGCGGCGUGGCAGACGCCCGCAGAGCUCAGAUGGACGCCAGCAUGGACCUGUUCGGGGACGACGAGGUCUUCCUGCAGAUCACCAUCCCGGACGUCUCUACUCCUGGCGUCGCCCCCCGGACGCCCCCGGCCACCGGAGACGUCGCCAUUGGCACAAGAAUGACAUCGAACCCGGACCUCGGGACUCCCUCCCCGCGCGCCCGGUCCUCUGCGGCACCGAGUGGCUCCGUGCCGGGCGCCUCGGGGGCGGACUCGUUCGACCGCUCCCACGCGUACUACUCCGUCACCUUCGACCUCGGCUACUCGCUGGAGGACUCCGACGAAGCGGAGGAAGAGGCCGUCCCGCGUUCGCCGACUGCUCCGGGCGAGUCCGCGGCGCCCCGGCCCGCCGCGUCAGACUCUCCCGCUCCCGGCUGCGGCCUCCACGGACAGAGGGAGCCUCUCCUGUCCACCACGUCCACACCGGAGGGGCUUUGGCUGCGCGGGGGGGGGGUGACGUCGCCUCGCCUCGCUUCCGCCUCGGUGCCUGGAGGCGGCGCCCUUCCGUCUCCGAUCACAUCCGCCGGCGGUAGGCGGACGCUCGGGCCCAGCGGGCCUGGCGCUCCGUCUUUGGGCGCCAGCUUAAAGCGGAAACGACUGGAGAACAGGUUCCCCCCUCGUCCAGCUUCUUUCUUAGCGGAGUGCAACAGUGACAGUGAGGAGGACGUUGUGGUUCAAAAACCAAGGCAUCAGAACAGGGUGAAACCCUUCUCGUCCCCAGACGUGUCAAAGAUCUCCAGUGAUGUGGACUCGCCGUCCCCGGUGGUUGUGAAGAAGAAACGUGCAGCUGCACUUAACACUACCGAGGAAACGGAGGCUGAAGCCGUCUCUGUUUCGGAUGACGAUUUCCAGGACGAGUUGAGGUUCACGCAUAGAACCGCGGCACCUGUUGCUGAGAGGAAACGCGCCCAACAAGGCAAAGCCAAGUUCCCCGUAUGUCGAAAAGGGCACCAGUUCCUGGACGUAGAAGCCGAGAUGUCGGAGGAGGGGGGGUCAGACGUGUCGUCUGAUGAAGAGGACGGGGAAGAACAGAACCGCUCUCUGGAAGGCUUUGUGGUUGACAACACACACCUAUCCCAGGGACUGGAUGACUCUGAGAUGCACGGCGUUUACCUGAAGUCGGUGAAAAGCCCUGCGGUCCAGGGAAGGUUCAAAAUGUCUUACAGAAAUCAUCACAACAUGGACAUAUUCUCUCAGGUGCCCGAGGUGGAUGAAGCCUACGCAGAGGACAGCUUCGUGGUGGGAAGCGAGGUGGAGAGCAGCGGGGGGGAAGCCGAAGACGUGGAACUCAUGCCCGAGGAAUCGUACGUGGAGGGGCGGCGGCAGUAUGCGACCAGGCGGCGCGUGCUCCAGCACAGAGUGAGGGCCGGAACCGCCGCCGCCGCCAUCCCGACCGGAGCCCCCAAAACCAAGCGCCUCCGUGUCAUACGCCCUGACAACUCCAGCGAGGAGGAGACGGGGGAAGUUGGUAACAAGGCGGGUCUUUCAACGGAAGCGGACGUACAGACGGAGCAGCAGCAGAAACCCUCGUCCUCAUCGUCGUCUUCAACCGUUGCAUCCAAGGUCUCGUCGCUGAGCAAGGCACAGCGGUGGUCCGUGAGCGAGGAGCAGCAGGAGGAAAGGUGUCGUCAAAGGUUGGAAGAUCAGCAUUUGCUCUCCGAUGAGCUCGAUUUCAGAGAGACGGAGUUGCCCCAGAUCCAUGCGCCUCCCGCCACCUCCUCCGCCCCACAGACGCCCGGCGCACAGGACCCGUCGGCCCGCCCGCCCGCCGCUCCGCCCCCACCCGUCUGCAUUCUGGUGGACAGUCGCUGCAUCAGCAACGGGGCGGAGCUGAUGAGCGGCCUGCGGCGGCGCCCCGGGGCCACCGUCCACGUCUGCUCGCUGGACGGCGGCUACUUCAUCGUCAGCGGGCGCAUGGCGGCGGCGAGGCACAGCCAGUCGGACCUGGCCGCGAUGCACAACCGCAAGCGGCUGGCCGAGAGGGUGAACGGCCUGCUGGGCUCGUUCGCGCGCGUCUGUCUGAUCGUGGAGAAGGAGCGAACCAAGCCAGGAGAGGCGUCGCGUCCACCUCAGCGGACGCGCUGCUACGACAGCACUCUGACGGCGCUGGUGGGCGCCGGGACGCGCCUGCUGUGGAGCGACGGCGCCGAACAGACCGCCGGCUUACUGGUGGAGCUGGCGCGCCUGGAGCAGCGCAAAGGUCAGGGCAUCAGUGUGCCGUUGGAGGUCAAAGGGCAGCACAGGCAGCAGGCCCUGCAGCUCUACCUGAGCCUGCCCUCGGUGAACUACGUGCACGCGCUCAGCAUGAGCCACAACUUCAGGUCCAUCGGCCAUCUCGUCAACAGCUCCGUAGAAGCCAUAGAAAAGGGAGGCUGUAUGAGUCGAGCCAGAGCCGAGGAGAUUUACCGCUUCCUGCGCUACUCCUGCGACCCCUUCUUCAUGGACACAUCCAAAGCAGGAAAAACCAGCUAGCAGUGCCAUCUGAAAUCUAUACCUCUUCCUUUAUUUGUCCACUGCUUUCUUUGUCUUCAGGGCCCACACCCUUGUUUUUGUUGUCAGACCCACCAGGGGGACAAUACGCCCCUGGUGGGUCUGACGCACAAUAUCCCUUCUGUCUGGAGUUAGUUGUAUCUCCAGGAGGGAAGUACCUCAGGAUGAUAAUUCAACCUGCUUGCACAGGUUGAAAUGGAAGCACCAUACAACCCAACUUGUUUUUUUCCCAUUACGUACCCUGGGUUUCAUGCUGUAUUUAAAUAAUUUGUUAUGUAAAGGAUGUAAAGUGUUUCCCUUUAAAGUCAUGUCCCAACACUAAUCCAGUCAGGAGGGGUUUUCAUCAUAAGAACUUUAUCAAUGUUUGAUAUUAUAACUUAUUUUUGCCAAAUCAUGUAUACAUUUGUUGACAAUGCUUCUGAAAAGUAAAGUUUCAAAUUACUUGAAUAAAAAGCAUAUUUUUUAAUUGUUUGUAUACUGUCCAUG